CCUGCUCAACCAUCAGCACAGUCUCGUCAGGCUACACCGAAGCUUUCAACAUUCGCCAAGAUUCGUAAUAUGCAGAAAAGGCACCAGGAAAAGAAGAACGCUGCGGCCAAGCAUGUCGCUUUUACGUCAUACGCUAACCCUGACAAUGAAGCCUACCUGCAAGCGAUAAUGUCGAGUAUUACACCUUCAUCCUCAACACCCGUACCUGCUGUCGACGAAGAUGAUAUGGCGAACCGGCAGGCUAUGGCGGACUAUGCACAACAGAAGCGCUGUUACGAUGAUAUCAAACGCAAGAAUGGCGGCCGGCUGUCGUUUAGGCAAGAUGUAGAGUGGAUGAAGAUCAAGGGUGCCGAAGAGGCCAGGCGGAAGAAGCGACUGCGUGACCUUGCGAUGGCCCAAGAAGACGAGGACGGGGAACCAGACCUCUUCCCAGAGGUUCAAACUGCGGCGAAUGACGAUGACGACGAAGAUGCUGAAUCAGACGAAAAUGCUUUUACCAUCGACGGCGUUAACCCGCGCAAACGUCGUCGACAGUUGCCUCAAAAGGAGCCGAAGCAGAUUUCUAUCCAGGAUGCUGAACUGAGCAGUAUGCGGGUGGCUCUAGAAGCUGCAGGCGACCUACCUCGCAAGAAGAAGAGAACAGCACCGUCAGAUGACCAGUCUCAAGAUGCGGACCCCUCAUCUACUCCGGGUAGAGGCUCGAAGCCCAAAAACACAAAAAACACAAAGACCCCCAAAGCGAAGGCACCUCCCAAAAAAUCCACCAAUGGUGUUCGGAACGCGGCGAAGAAGAAGCGAGAAGUAGAGUUCGCUGUCAGACAGGCCACAUCCCUCUUUAACUCGAACGUCUUCCAGCAACAAGCCGGUGCCGACGCGAAUGAACAGCCUACUUUCAAAUCGAGGGUAAAGGCAGACGCAUUGAAAGAGCUCAUCGCCAGUGUGCCAAUUGAGGACCAAAAGGUAGCUAAGGGCGAUAUGACCAUCCUGUUGGCCGCAACAAAGGACUUCGAUGGCAGAGGUGCAGUCAAGUCUGACGGGCAUGGCCACUGGAUAGUGAAGGGGAUGAAGACGUCCUUGAAAGGCUAUCAAGUCCUCGGUACCGCAUUCAUGCGUCGACGCGAGAACGCUAGCGAGGAGCCCAGGGGCGGGUUGAUGGCUGACCAGAUGGGAUUGGGCAAGACUCUCAUGAUGCUUGUAAACAUAGUCAACGGACAGCCUCCCAGAGGAGCCAAAGGGCCCAGGACAACCCUUCUCGUUGCCAGUCCCGCGAUUCUCACUCAAUGGAAGAAUGAGAUCGAACUACACACCGACCGCGACUUCAGAAUCAUGCGAUACGGUGCUGGUACACGCAUUGAUUCAAAUCAUGCAUUCCACAUCCUGGCCGCCCACGACAUCAUUCUUACCACCUAUGGCGAGAUCAUGAAAUCCUAUCCGAAGAACGAGCCACCGAUCGAGUGCCAGACCGCUGAACAGAAGAUUGCUUGGUGGAAAGAAGUCUAUAAGACGCAGCGAGGUCUUCUGCAUCGCGGCAUGUUCUUGCGCAUCGUGCUUGAUGAGGCUCAGGCUAUCAAGAACCAUAUGGGACGUACCUCGAUUGCUUGUCGUGCGCUAAUGGCACAGCACAAGUGGGCUCUCAGCGGCACUCCCGUCCUCAACAGUCUUACCGAGCUCUAUGCUUACUUCAAGUUCCUCGGUGUUCCACAUACGGGUAGCUUCAAGAUCUUCAAGCACAACUACUGUGAGAAAGGAAGCCCGGAGAAUGUUGAGCGCCUCCUCGUUCGCCUGGCGCAGUUCAUGAUUCGACGUACUCAUGCUGAUGAGAUGUUUGGAGCGCCGAUUCUUAAGCUUCCUCAGGCUGAUCAGACCACAUACUGGUGCGACUUCAACCCACUCGAGCGAUGCAUUUACGAUAUAGUCCGUGUUCGAUUCGCAAAGCGCAUCAACGUGUUGACGAAGAAGGGAGAGUUGGAGAAUUCGUACAGCAACGCCUUGGUGAUGCUUCUACGACUCCGUCAACUGACAGCCCACGUUCUGAUGUUGCAGUUCGUUAUGCGAGAUCUUCUCGAGCGCGAGGACAUUGAACGCAUUAGGGAAAUCGUCAAUGAACAAGCAACGAGCAAAAAUAACAAAGGCAGCCAUACGAUUCUUGCAGUUCGAAAACAGCUCGAAAAACUUGCAGCCGACCAGAAGAAGAAGAGUGCCGCGGAGGCCGCCGCUAAGAAAGCCGCAAAGAAAGCCGGCCGAGAUGUGAACGAUAUUGACAUGCCCGUGGACGAGGAGGGCAACGAUACUGAUGACGAAGACGAGCCUGAAGCCGAAGAACAUACACAACAGGCAGGUGGCCGCGGAGGCUCUGGUGGGCAGUUUGGCAAGGAGUACAACUUCAAACCAUUCCUGAGCAGCCUGAAGACUGGCGAGAGUUGGGAGAAGGUCAAGCAGAAGGCGAAAUGUGGUAGUUGCGGUGAGCAACCGCGGAACCCGUUCAUGACUUCUUGCGGCCAUCUCAUCUGUAGCGACCCAUGCUUGGAUAAUGCGUACGUGGAUGCAGCAGCGGAAUGCAGAGAGUACGCAUCUUGCAAAGUGUGCGGCGUUAUUCCCAGCUACAUACACCGGUGCGACCCCGAUGAUGAAGAUAGCCCAGAGGCUGUUGCGCAAGGCACUCGCUCUCAAGCAAGGAGAAGGAAGGACAAUAACCGCAAGCGUCGCGAGAAGGAGGAUAUCGCUGAGGAUUGGCUGGCAUCAGUGGGUGAUGAUGUUCUACCUUCAGCAAAGACGAUUGCGGUCAAAGCUCAAAUCAUCAACUGGACUAGGGAGAACCCGGGCGUCAAGAUCAUCAUCUACACGCAGUUUCUGGCCAUGAUCCGUAUCUUGACUCGAGUUUGCCAGAAAGAGGGCUGGGAAGUUGAACAGUACCACGGCAACAUGAGCCUACCCGCUCGUGACAAGGCCAUCGGCUCUUUUGCUGAGAAUCCCAACAUCAAGGUCAUGUUGGCCUCUCUCCGCUGUGGUGGUCUUGGCCUCAACCUAACCAUGGCAUCCAAAGUCAUCAUGGUCGAUCCUUGGUGGAACUCAGCGUCGGAGCAACAGGCUUUCUGUCGAGUGUUCCGUAUCGGGCAGAAGGAGCAGACGUUCAUGAGCCGGCUUUGCGUCAAGGACACGGUCGACGCGGACCUGAUCGAAAUGCAGGAGCGCAAACAGGUGGAGAUUGAUGCCGUUAUGGAUGAUGACGGCACCACGGGCUCUAGGAUGAGUAUUCGCGACCUGAUGCGGCUCUUCGGCAAUUUGCGAGAAGACGAUGAUGGCAAUACGUACAUUAUGGUCGACAACCCGGAUUCUCGUGGUGGUUUCAGGGCUGACCGUGACGACGAGGGCUAUGCCGACGAACUCUAG